AUGGAGAAGUCGAAGGCUGCGAAGUUGGUAAUCAAUGUGGAAGAUACGUCCGAACGUAGAAGCAAGAGGAAAUCCGUGGUUAGCCCCAAAAAAACACCACCUAAUAAGCAACCGGCAUCUCUGACCGCGAAGAAAAUGCGCUCGAAAAAGGAUUGGCAAUAUAUCAUACCGAAGGAACGAUGGUUCCCAGGCAAGAUUACAACAUCAGUCAGCAAGGGUGUACUUUCAAGUAUCCAAUCAAAAUUAUCUGACCGACAGAAGCUCAUUAUGAAGGGAACAUGCUUUGCCCAUUUUCUCGACUGCCAUGAAAUUGUGGUACAACCGCAAUUAAUUCACUACUUCCUCUUGCGGCAGGUCCAACAACCUAAUCCUACGGAGUUGUGGUUUUUAGUUGCUGAGCGUUAUGUUAGAUUUUCUAUAUCUGAGUUUUGCAUAGUCACGGGGCUGAGAUGUUCUGGCGAUAGUGACACGGGCAUUUUUGAAAAUAGACAGUCACAACUUAAGAAUAAGUACUUUUCCCAAGUCGAUAUCGUGACACAUGAAGAUGUGAAGUCCACAUUCAUAUCUGCUUGCCAAAUGCCUGAUCUGGAUCUUGUUGAAACUCUCCCGAAUCAUGAUGUGGCACUCAUUGGUAUCCUGUACUUCAUUACUGCAUACUUAUUUUCUAAAGAUUAUAAGAAAUUGGUUGACCAUUACUUGUUCACACUUGUUGAGGAUUUUCCCGCGCUGAACAGUUUUCCAUGGGGAAAGUUACUGUUUGAGAUUACUUUGAGUUCUUUAAAAGAUGCAUUGAGUCGACAAACCGCACAUUAUAGGCUACGAGGUAUGUUGGUAGCCUUUCAAGCAUGGAUCUACAAAACCUUCCCUGACCUAGAUGAAGUUAUUGUCACAAGGGUAUCGAGGACGCACCCUCGAAUCAAUAACUGGAAUGCAAACGAGCAACCUUCUACAUCUAAGUUGGAGGAGCUAGGCUGCUUCAAUAAGCCUAAUAUUGAAAUAUGUGACCUGAAGCCUACUGAAGCUGAAAUGGCAAUGCCAUACAUGGAUGUGCCUUUGGUAACGGACACUGGUGUUAGAAAGGCUCACAUUACAAAUGAUGAUGACGAUUUUGUGGAUCCUCCACGACGAUGUGAGGGGCUAUCCCAUCAAGAAACACCCCGUGCUGAUGAAGGCCCUUCAGGUCCCCCACUUUCUCCAAAUGAAGAACAACAUCAUGGGAUCCAAGCGAGUGCUGUGCUUCACGAUUUGAAUGCGCAACUUUCAGAACUUAAGUCACAGAAUAAAGUAUUAACCGUGGAGAUGGACGCCAUCAAGUCACAGAUGUCGAGCCUCAACUCUGAUCAGGCAAAAAAGAUGUCUGAAAUCAUCCUAAUACAAGGACAGUUAAAACAUGACAUGAUCGAGAUUAGGACGAACAUGCAAUUCCUGUCUGAAUCCGUGACUGCAAUGAUCUCAAGCUCCAUGGAUGAGAUAUUAAGGCGAUUCAAUGAUAGGAAAGGUUGUCCAGUUAAUGAAUAUGAAGACACGGAAGCUGCUGUCGAAGGAUUCGAGAAGAUCGACGAGGUGGAAAAACUGCAACCUGUUGUCGACAGGAAAGGGAAGGGGAAGGUCGACCCAACUGAAGAUGUUACCUUUCCAAGUAGUCUUGAACCGCCAUCAUUUGACCUGGGUAUUGAAUACACACAACCGGAUGAUUUGGAGUCUUCAGAAAUUCAAAAGCAGGUAGAUGCUAUCAUAUCUGAUGUGAUCACAGCAUCCCAAAAUGUUGACGAAGAGGGAUCACCAACUACAGAACCGGCAUCUGCAUUACCAGUUAAGCGGGCUUCAACGCCUGCGAGGAUACUGCGGUCCCCAUUUGUUGUCAGGGAAGGAAAGGUACUGCGGCAUGACGGUAAUGUUAUUGUAUUUGGAAAUUAUAAAGAUCAUGUUGAUGAAGCUGAUAAAUCAGCAUUCUUGGGUAGGUUUCAGAGAGGAAAAAAGUUUAAUGAGCAAGAUGACCAAAUCAAACCGGCCUUUAGUAUUGGCUUAUACCCUGUCGGUCACAAGACAUGGUUCUAUCAGCUGAUAAAUGCAGAAACGUCUUUAAGCGGCUCGGAAUGGUAA